ACAUGGGUGGGGCUAUACAGAAGUGGGUCUGUAGGUGGACUACAUGUAAAAAUCAAUACCCUAAUUACAAAUUUAACGUAAGUCACAUAUAAUCUAAUCAAAGUAAAGAUAUGCAGGUCUUGAGGCAAACUCGUCAAUGUCGACUGGAUAUUUUACUUUCGGAUUGUACUGUCCCCACUGUGGUGGACCAGUGAGCUCGUCCUCCCUGACGCCCAGUCCAUGAAGCUUGUCCCACAAAUGAUAACUUGCUGCUAGGAUCGAACAGGUCUGCCCGGGGUGCCGUGUCAAACUCUAUGCUGUGGUCCUAAUCAACCAGUUCCAGGUCUGCAAACUCUGAAUCCAUAUUGUCAGUCUGUUGUUCUAAGAAGAGGAACUGAUUUGGGAGUUUGAAAUACGGCUGUUAAGACUUAAAGGGAGCCUUUCACUCUUUUUUCUUUCCACACAUUCGAACAUCAUAUUAUUUGCACUAACAGUGUCAUGGGGAAAACGACUAGUGAAACAGAGAUCCUGUGAUGCUGGUGACUUGUUUGAGAUGUGUAAUUUUCCUUCAGUAAUUCAUGUGGCAUUGAGUGGAUUGUCCAUUUUACUGGACCAAGAGUAAUAUCCAUGGCUGAGUGUCUAAUCAUUUACAGAGAAGAAACAUUACUCAGACUGAUAUGCUUUAUGAUGAUCAAAGAUGGAAGUUAAAACUGGUAGUUGACCAGACCAGGAAUAAAGCUGUCAAACUUUGUGGGUGGCCUUUGCCAUGGAGAAGAAUGGAAAUGAGAAGGUUAACAAAGCCCAUCUUUUGUUUGAGAAGUUUGUCCAAGCCACGACAUGCAGAGGGACUCUUAAAGCCUUCCAGGAAUUAUGUGAUCACCUUGAGCUGAAACCUAGUGAUUAUCGUGCAUUUUAUCAUAAACUUAAAUCUAAACUCAAUUAUUGGAAAGCUAAGGCCCUUUGGUCAAAGCUAGACAAGCAUGCUAGUCACAAGGAUUACAAGAAGGGAAAAGCAUGCAUCAAUACAAAGUGUUUGAUCAUCGGAGCGGGUCCUUGUGGCCUUCGCAGUGCUAUUGAACUUUCCAUCCUUGGCUCGAAAGUUAUUAUUGUAGAGAAAAGAGAUGCCUUCUCCAGAAACAAUGUCCUGCACUUAUGGCCUUUUACCAUCCAUGACCUUCGUGGACUCGGAGCCAAGAAGUUUUAUGGGAAGUUCUGUGCCGGUGCUAUUGAUCACAUCAGUAUCCGCCAACUACAGCUUAUACUCUUGAAGGUUGCCUUGAUCUUAGGGGUAGAAAUCCAUGUUGGAGUAGAAUUCCAAGGUCUCAUUGAUCCCCCUGAAGACCAGGAAAAUGAAAGGAUAGGCUGGAGAGCAAAGGUGCAUCCUAAAACACAUCCUGUUAGUGAAUAUGAGUUUGAAGUAAUCAUUGGUGCAGAUGGUAGAAGAAAUACCUUGGAAGGGUUCAGAAGAAAAGAGUUUCGAGGGAAACUAGCCAUUGCUAUUACUGCUAAUUUUAUCAAUCGGAAUACAACAGCAGAAGCCAAAGUGGAGGAGAUAAGUGGAGUGGCUUUUAUAUUUAACCAGAAGUUUUUUCAGGAUCUUCGCGAGGCUACUGGCAUAGAUUUGGAAAACAUUGUGUACUACAAGGAUGACACUCAUUAUUUUGUGAUGACAGCUAAAAAGCAGAGUCUCCUAGACAAAGGAGUAAUAUUGCAAGACUUUAUGGACACUGAGAUGUUGCUGUCUAGAGAAAAUGUCGAUCAGGAAGCACUGAUGAAUUACGCCAGGGAGGCAGCAGACUUUUCUACCAAUCACCAACUCCCAACACUGGACUUUGCUAUAAAUCAUUACGGACAACCAGAUGUGGCUAUGUUUGACUUCACAUGCAUGUAUGCUUCAGAAAAUGCUGGGCUGGUGCGAGAGAGAAAUGGCCACCGUUUGCUUGUAGCACUAGUAGGGGAUAGUCUGCUUGAGGUUAUGUUUCACAUUGAGAAGGAUCCUACACCAUGUUGUUCUAGUAAUACCAAACAAGAUAUUUUACAAACACAGCUCCUAGAAUGA